GUCACUGGUUCUAUUCAUAAAAAAACCACAAUUUAAUAAUAAAUUAUGUGCAAAUAGAGAAUCUGAGGCAACAAUUCUGCAUACAUCGCGCGAAUGUGAACGUUUUGUAAUGCGAACUGAACAGCUGGGUGAGCUGAGGGUGACACAUUAAACAGUGCAACAAACGAGCAUGGAGGGCCUGGAACAGGGAUUACUGACUGCCGCUCGACGUCUGGAGGCUGAGCUGGACGCUCGCUUGGAUGCGACGCCAGAGGAGGAAUUGGCGACUCUCCGACAGAAGCGCCUCCAGGAGUUCCGCGAGCGCCAAUUGAAGAUGGAACAGUGGCGCAAGAACGGCCACGGGCAGUACGGCCACUUGGCUGACGAGCGGGAGUUCUUUGACGCCACCAAGGCCAGCUCGAACGUCGUGUGCCACUUUUACCGUGACGACGAGGAACUUUGCCGCGUGUUCGACAUGCACUUGGGCCGGCUGGCGGCGAAGCACAUGGAGGCGCGCUUCUGCCGUCUAAACGCCGCACGAGCGCCCUUCCUGAUAGAGCGGCUCCGCAUUCGCGGCGCCCCCACGGUUGUGCUGGUGCGCAACAGUAAGACCACGGAUUACGUAGUGGGACUGCGCGACUUGGGCGGCAAGCCGGACUUCGCCACGGAGGUGCUGGAGCGUCGCCUGGCUGUGGGAGGCGUCAUUGAGGUGGAGGAGACGGAAAUAAGUGCCGUGAAGAAGCCCAGUCUCAAGAUUAUACGUGGCCGCGAGGAGGACUCCAGCGAUUCCGAAUGAUGACAUGAUCUCGGCCAGGAUAUUCCAAAACGUCCAGUGAUAGAUUUUCAUGUUUUCUUCACUUGUGUCAGUUUCCUAAUUUUCCAUAUAUACUCAUAUUCCUCCUAUAACUAUAAAUCUUGGUUUUUCAUACAUUUUUCAUCACGCAAAAGCUUUUUGGCGGGAUAAUUGAAUCAGCUUUGUUGAUCAAGUGUCUGCAUUUCAGAGUGCUUUUAUAUACUUUUCUUGAUAAUUUUACACAUAUAUUUGUGACAUUUCCAGAAGCUGGAAAAGUGCUAAAUAAAGAAAAUCAAAGAAUAUUGGAAAGAUUUGUAACAUU